CCAGCACAGGUUUCUCACGGGGUCGCAGCCUCCGCUCAGGCAUCCCCCUGCUCCGGCACGGGCUCCUGCAGGCGCUGCAGGUGCAUCUCUGCCCUCCGUGCCCUCCAUGGGCUGCAGGGCCCAGCUGCCUCACCAGGGACUGCCCAGGGAAUCUCAGGGCAAUCAGCUCCAGCAGCUGGAGCAGCUCCUGCCCCUCCUGCGCUGGGGCCGGGCAGGGGUGCCCGAGGCGCGGCGCAGCAUCGGCCCCGCUGAGGGCAUCGCGGUUCCCCCGCAGCACAGCGGCGCCCCUGUGCCCCUGGAGCUGGCGCUGCUGUGGAUGGUGUCGUGCCCUGGCUUCCACAGCAUCGUGCGGCUCCUGGGCUGGUUCGAGCUGCCCGACGGCUUCGCGCUGGUCACGGAGCGUCCGCAGCGCUGCCAGGACCUCUGGUACUCGCUGGCCGAGCGGGGGUUCCUGACGGAGCCCGUGGCGCGGGGGCUGUUCCGCCAGGGGCUGGAGGCCGUGCGGCGCUGCUCCAGCCGCGGCGUCCUGCACCGCGACAUCAAGGCCCAGAACGUCCUCGUCAACCUGGCCACGGGCGAGGCGAAGCUCAUUGACUUCGGGUGCGGCACGAUCCUCCAGGACACGUUCUACACACGGAUCUGUGCCUGUGUCCCAUACAGCCCACUGGAGUGGAUCCUCUUUGGCUGCUACCAUGGCCGGCCAGCCACCAUCUGGUCCCUGGGUAUCCUGCUCUAUGACAUGGUCUGUGGGCACCUUCCUUUCCACACAAACGAGGACAUCGUCCGGAGCCAGCUCUUCUUCCCUCCCCGGGUGUCUCAAGAGUGCCAGUGCCUCAUCAGGUGGUGUUUAUCCAUGGACCCCACAGACAGGCCCUCACUGGAAGACCUUUUUGAGCAUUCUUGGCUGCAGGAGCCCUGCCUGGCCCAGGAGACAGCAGAGAUCCAUCGCUCCGCUCAGUAGGAUCCAGGAGCCCAGCAAGUACCAGCUGCACGCGUCUUGUGGCACUCCAAGAAAACCCCGGAGCGUUUCCCUGUGGCCGCAGCACGGAGGAGAGAGCGCAGCCGGGGAGAUGCUUCUGCUGGUCCCAGCGAGCUUUGGAGGGAGCGGCUCAGUGCUCCCUGUCCUGUUGGAGAAGCGGUGGCAGUGUGGUGAAGGUGCCAUAGACUGGAACAGGGGAAACAUCCCCCUGCAGCUCAAUGGCAUCGUGAUGUCCCCGCAAGCCGAGGCACAGCUGGCAUGUUCUUCUGGAGCACCACGUGCAGCUGGGAACACCGUCCUGGAGCUGGCCGCUGGCGGGGCAAAGCCUUUUGGCUUUGGCUGCAGCCCCUUCCUGGAGGACACACUCUGAGCCCCGAUGAAAUCAAGAUGAGUCCCCAGCCGGCGCAGGGGCAGGGGAUGCUUGUGCUUCCAGGUGUGGCGGGGCUCGGCCUGGCCGUGCUCGUGCUUCCAGGCAUGGCAGGGCUCGGCCUGGCCGUGCUCGUGCUUCCAGGCGUGGCGGGGCUCGGCCUGGCCGUGCUCGUGCUUCCAGGCAUGGCGGGGCUCGGACUGGCCACGCGUUGCAGGUUCCCCGCUCAGCGGCGCUGGGGAAUAUUAAUUUUUCCCCUGGCCGCCAAGCUGGUUUUGUUGGGACAGCGGACGGAUGUUGUGGAAGGGGAGCCAG